UUUUCAAUAUUAUUAUUUUGUCGUUGGAGGUUGAACUUAGAGAAAUAUUCUUUGGCAGUUUCUAUUUGAAAAAAAAAUCUCUGACAAUUGGUAUGUGUUUAAAUGUAAAAUCCGUUCUUUGCGGCUCUUUAAAAAAUUGUACAACUACUUUCGUCCGAAAUGUCUACUUACGAUUCAAGGUAAAUAUUAAUUAAUACUUACUACUAGGUACUAUGAAAGUGAAUUGUGUGAUUACUGUGACGGGGCGUACCUGAUUAUUGUGUAAUGAUAUAAUAGUUUAUUGUUAUAGUUUCAAAUUUAUAGUCAAAGAGAAUUUUGUUUAUUUUUCUAGGUUGAAGGAUCUUGACCAAGUAUUGGAAUCUGAAGUAAUUGAUUUGUCCAAAUUAAGAGAAUUUUGUUUCAAUGGUAAUCAUUUAACAUUCAAGCAUUCUCAACUGUUUGCCAAGGUUUAUUGUUUAAAUCUAAUUUACCAUAUUACUCAACAUUAUUUUUGAAUCUAUUCAUUCUAAUGUUUAAAAAUGAUAUUGCAGAAUUUGUCAAUCAAACUUUGUUAUACUACAUACUCGAUUAAUGAUUACAUUUUAAUACAUAAUAUAACACCUUUAUCCUAUUGUGGCUCUUUUUGUAUACUUUUUUAAAAAUAAAAUCAUGUUAAUUUUCAUUAAUUUUAAGUUAACAUUUGAUAAAGUUUAAUUAUUUGUUAUUGUGAAUAAAGAAUAUUAAUACAGUUCAAAUAUGUAAAUUUUGAAUAAUAAUUAAUUCUGAUUGCACUAUAAUUUAAGUUAGUUGGUAAAACAUACAAUUUCUACAAAUUCAGAUUGCACCAUUAUGCAUAGUUUGUUGAAUUAUUUAACAAAUUUGGUAGUGGCAUGGUAAACUAGAUAAUAUUUGCUUCAAAUGUAUAACUUUAUUUAUUAUUCAACUAUAGGUAUUCCCGAUGAAAAAGGUUACAGGUCACUAUGUUGGAGAUUGCUGCUCAAUUACUUACCAUGUGAUAGAAAUAAAUGGGAUGAACAGCUUGACCGCCACAGGAAAUUGUACCAGCAGUGGUUAGGUAAUUUAACAUCCCAACAAAUAUUUUUUAACCGUCUGAUUGUGUUAUGUUAGUAUAUUAAAGAUUAAUUAUAAUUAUUAAUAAAAUAUUAGUCACUUAAAAACCCAGAUAAGUCGUUAAAUGGGUAACAAAUUUUAUAUACUUACAUAAUUAUAUUUUGUUCUAAUCAAAAUCUACUUAAUUGUUUAACCAGUUAACCACGAUUAAUUAUUUAUUAUUGUUAUCUAGAUGAAAUAUUAGUUACUCCGGGUUCAGUUAAUGACGAGCAGUGCGAUCAUCCAUUGAGUGAAGAUCCCAGUAGCAAGUGGAACACAUUUUUCAAAGAUAAUCAAGCUCUUACUCAAAUUGAUAAAGAUGUCAGGUAAUAUCAAUGUAAUGAGUGUUUUAUACACUUAUUCGUAAUAUUUUCUUGUUUUUAGGCGAUUACAUCCUGAACUAUCAUUCUUCCAACAAGCAACCAAUUAUCCAUUGGCUAAUGUUGUGUACAGUUGUGGCACAAAACGGUUGAACAGACGAGUGGGCAUGCAUUUUCUGAACAGUGCAAAUGUUGUGCGCAAAGGUCUUGGAAUUGUUAAAAUAUCACAAAAGCCUGAGCAAAUUAACACGUCAGAGUUUAAACCAUUGGAUGAAGGUUCAGAAGCUCACUGGGAGGUGGUGGAAAGGAUAUUAUUUGUAUAUUGUAAAUUAAACCCUGGACAGGGCUAUGUGCAAGGCAUGAAUGAAAUUAUCGGCCCAAUUUAUUAUUGUUUCGCGACUGAUCCAAUUGUCAAAAUGAGAGGUAACUAUACAAAUUAUUACAAUUAAUUUUAUAUUUAUAUUUAAACAUAUAUUUUUGUUGCAUAUUUCAUCCAUAGUUAAAUAUUCAAAAGUACGUUCAAAAUAAUAAUUAAUGUAUGGUGUAUAUAUGUAUACCUACAAUAAAUUCACAUAAUAAUAGUAGAAUGGGACUGUCAAAUUUAACCGUAAUUCAAAUUUUUAGAGCACGCUGAAGCUGAUUGUUUUUUUGUCUUCACAAAUCUUAUGUCAGAAAUUCGUGAUUUUUUCAUAAAAACGUUAGACGAGACAGAUACUGGAAUUGUAAACAUGAUGCGCAGGGUAACUGACCGGUUGAAGGAAAAUGACCCGAUUGUUGAAAGUUAUUUAGUGAAAAACGAAAUCUUUCCGCAGUAUUAUAGUUUUAGGCAAGUACUUUUUUCAAUAAAUCAUAUUGUGUUUUAUCAAUAUUCAAUAUUAUAUUUUGCUUUUUGUGUAUUUAAUGGUGUUUAGAUGGUUGACACUGUUGUUGUCACAAGAAUUUUCACUGCCCGAAGUUUUACGGAUAUGGGACUCUUUGUUUUCUGAUACACGGCGAUUUUCAUUUCUUGUUGACAUAUGUUGUGCAAUGAUAGUGUACGUUUGGUUAUAUCUGUACCAAUAUAAAACAAAUUGUUUUUGUAAUAUUACGAUCAGUGUACCUAAUAUUAAACAUUAUUUGGGAUGAUUAAUAAAUACAAAUGCAUAUUUAAAAUCUAUAAAUAUAUUUAGUUUAUAACAAUUUAUAUUUGUGUUUUCUUCAAAAUAAUGAAAUUUAAUUUUCAACUUAUAAUUACAUUUAAAAUAACUUAAAUAUUGGCUAGUAAUUGAUCAUCAAACAUACUAAAUAAACAUAACUAUUUAUGAUAUAUUUAAAAAUGUUUGAUUGAUUAUAGUUAAAUCAAUUUUGCUGAAUACAUAUUUAGACUGUAUUGUUAAUGCAUUGUAAAUUAUAUUUUUGUUAGAAAGCCAAAAUUAUUUCAUCAAAAUAAAAUUCAUAAUUAUUAUAUAUUUAUUUUUUUUUUCUUAGUUUAAUCAGAGAUCAAAUACUCACUGGAGACUUUUCAACAAUUGUGAAACUUUUACAGGUACUUAAUCAAAUGGACUUAAAUGUAUUGAUUUUUUAUGGUUUAAAUAUUUUGUUUUAUAGAAUUAUCCAAAUGUUGAAAUGCGUGUUAUAUUGAAUAAGGCUGUUGAGUUGAGCAAUAAAAAUAGAUGGUAAGUAAAUUUAUAUUGAAUUAUUAUUUGACUGAGUUCCUAUAUUUUAAAUUUAAAAUAAUUUUUUUAUUUCUUUUGUAGUUGUACCUUUUUAAAACAAUUUUCAGUUUUUAACCUUGUUAUAUUUUUAAGAGCAUAAAAACUGAGUAAUAUUAAUUGUUAUAUUAUAAUAUACAUAGACACAAAUAGCCCAAAUUGUGGGGAUUCAACCUAUUCCACCCCAUAAUAUGAACAAAAUAAAAGUGGAGGGUAUGUCCCCAUUAUCUCAAGUAAAGCUACGCGACUAGUUACCAACUAACAAAUUUAAUAUAAAAUAUUAGUAAACAAUAUUUUUAUUUUAAUAAAAUACACUACGUAAAAAAACUACUUUUUUAGACAAAUUUAUUUAAAAUAUAAUUUUGAAUUUUCAUUUAUAUUAUUAGAUAAAUUUUUCUCAAUAUGUAGGAAUGAUAUAUUUUUAGUACUGAAUAAUAACUUUUGAACUGGGGGGGGGAGGGGGGGCUUGAAAGAAAUUUGGUGGAAGACUAAGUCCUCCCUUACUCAUUUGUAUCAAUGAUAAUAUAUAUAUGUUGCUGUUUUAUAUUAAAGAAUCUAUUCAUAUCAAAUAUUUUAUAUCAUGCUGUUUUAAGUUUUUAUAACCUUAUUUUAUUUUUUUUUUUAUAGUUUUUAUAUUUUGUAUAUUUACACAUCAGUAUGGUCGUAGGCAAUCUCAUUUUAGAAACUCAAAAUACUAUAGACAUAACUUAGUGUACAAUUUUUGAUUACCUAUACCAAAAAAUUGGCAACUUUAUGUUCAUUGAAAAUUUGAUUUAAAUUUUUUUUAAAUAUUGAACAUUCAGUUUUGUUUAUAGUGAAGACACAACCGGAUCUUGAUAAUCUAACUUACCCUUACCGACAUCAGAUGUUGCAACAUGGACCACUAUCCGAUUUUAUAAAAGCUCUCUGGGAACCGAUCAAAAUCUUGAGACGUUUCAUGAUUUUUUUGUUUUGUUGCCAUCCGUCCGUUGUUCAAAUGCAGCAACUGUAUAAAAAAACAUAAUAUAUUGUGAUUUAUAUUGUUAAGUAUUGGACGUAUAUUUUUUUAUUAAUACUCAUUACAUUAAAUUUUGUUAAUCUCUCUAAUAUUUUUAUAUUUACGUUGUUACAAGCGUUUACCCCAAUAUUCUUGUCUACCUACUGCCUACUACUUUAUUUAUUUUAUUAUUUAAAUGUAACAUUAUUUGUUUUUUUAGGUUUAAUAUUACAAAAUAAUAAUCAUUUUUUUUAUUUAUAUUUUAUUUAUCGUUUAAAUUAAAU